AUGACCACCCCCAACUCUCCGGAGGCAGUGGCCGAUUCGGCUAAUGGCUCCGCCACGUAUGGCACGCGAUCAAGAGGUCGCAAUGCGCCUAGGCCAAAUUAUGCCGAGGAUCGUGAUCUGGAAAUGGACGUCGAUGCCUCCGCCUCCAAAUCAGCGAAGCGUAACAGUGGCGUAGCCCUUAACAACAUUGUCAACGGUUCUAAUCCUGAUGAGAAGACUUCGUCGGCGCCACGCAAGAGCCUGAACGGCAACGCUAACGGCGCUAAUGGAUCGGCAAAAGAUGCCAUUCCGGGAACUUCUUCAUUUUCCGCCAGGCCGGAGGAUGUGAACGGGUCUAAUUUGAGAAAACGCAAACAACCCGCCAGCACACCAAAUUCCACACCCACUUCGGGUAGUGCUGCUAAGAAAAUAUUCACAUCUGCCCCGGGUGAUUCCGAAGGGGGCUAUUUUACCAAUAUGAUGAGCUUCGAAACUCAUGGUCCCUAUUUGAAGGAUGGGAAAUUAAUAGCUGACGAUGGCACCACAUUUGGUCUUAACGACCACGUCUAUCUAAUCUGUGAACCUCCGGGUGAACCAUAUUACUUGGCACGAAUCAUGGAGUUUCUUCCUUCAAAAACAAAACCAGACGGAUUUAUCGAGGCCUUAAGGGUUAACUGGUAUUACCGUCCACGAGACAUCCAACGUCAUUCUCCCGACACUCGAUUUGUUUUUGCUUCGAUGCAUUCUGACACUUGUCCACUCCCUUCAUUACGGGGCAAGUGCGAUGUCCGGCAUGUAUCAGAGAUCGAGGACCUUAACUCCUACAAGAAGACGAGGAACUGUUUCUGGUACGACAAAAUGUUUGACCGAUAUAUCCAUCGCCUCUACGACGUCAUUCCCACUAAAGAUAUUAUUAACGUUCCCUCAAAUGUCAAGAAGGUUCUUGAUGAACGCUGGAGGUUCAUUCUUGUUGAGAUCGGUAAAGGGAAAGAAUUGACCGGUGCUGUCAAAACUUGCAAACGAUGCCGUCUUUACGCUGCGAACUCCGAAUCUGUCGAUUGCGCGGUUUGCCAUUCUACUUAUCACAUGGGCUGUGUGCGACCUGCUCUGACCAAGAAACCCGCUCGAGGCUUUGCUUGGGCUUGUGCCGCUUGCAGCCGUGCCCAGGAACGAAAACUUGAAGCACGUAACACGCCACUGACCGGCGGAGCUCGGGCAGACGGGGAAGAUAUCAUCAUGGAAGAAGAAGAGGAGGAGGACCCUCAUAACCAUGCAAUUGGUGCAGCAAACGGUACUUCUGUGAGCACUCCGGCAGCCGAGGAAGAUUUCAUGCCCCAACCUGCAACUGCGGAGCAGAUGGCACAAGCCAAAAUGUGGCCAUACCGAUACCUGGGUAUUCAUUGCCGCGUAGAGGACGCCCUGGAUUACGAUGAUCGAAUUUACCCUCGAGCAAGCUCACGUCUAGGAACGCGCCACCAAGCGAUGGUGGCUGCGUGGCCCGGUCGCCCCAUUGAAUAUGUGAAGCCACUCGAUAAGAAGAAAGCAAAGGUUAAAAAGGAUGGCAAGUCUAAGGAUGCGCAGGCUGCACUGGAAGCCGCUAAGAACGAGAGAGCCAACCGACCGAAAUGGGUUCUAGACGAGCCGACAGGUUACGUUCAUCGUGGUCUGGAUGAGCCAGUUUCAAUCAACGAAAAAACCGGAAAGCAAGCGCGCACUGCCGAACCCAUGUUCAAGAUGCCUACCCCCAACCAGAUUUCUUCACGAGGCGAAGACAAUGCUCCCGGCUCACAUUUGAGUGAUGCUGAUCGGGAAAAGUUCAUCGACGAUUACAUGCGCCAAGCCAAGGAACUGGCCCCCGGUAUUGGGGUUGAGAAGCACUCUACCAACUUCCUCGAUAAAGCCCUUUCAAUCCUAUACUCCGAGAGCUUUGACGUACCAGCGGCCUUGGCUAAGCUGAAGAAGACCAACAAAUACAAGGAUCUCAAGGAACCUCAUAUUAAACCAGAAGAACUCAAGCUCUUUGAACAGGGUGUCGCCAAGUAUGGAUCGGAAUGGCGCAACAUUAUGAAGCACGUCAAGACUGUUCCGAUCUAUCAGAUCGUCCGAUUUUACUAUAUGUGGAAGAAGACCCCGAGCGGUCGAAAAAUUUGGGGCAGCUACGAGGGCAGGCGUGGGAAAAAGGAGGUUCGCCGCCACAGUAUUACUUCAUCGAAACUGCUCGACGAUGUUGCCGAUGAUCAUGAUGAUUCUGCUUUUGACUCCGAGAAAGCGGUUCUCGCGAAGCGUGGAUUCCAUUGCAAAUUCUGCUCCACUCGCAGUUCACGACAAUGGCGACGAGCACCUCUAGUUCCCCCAGGCACUGUCAUCCCUGCAGAGCCUUCAAACAAGAAGGACAAAGGUCCUAUGCUCACGGUCUCACUUUGUCUCCGUUGUGCUUUGCUGUGGCGGAAAUACGGCAUUCAAUAUGAGGAUGUGGACGAGGUUGCGAAGAGGAUUGCAAACAGCGGUAACAAGUCAUGGCGUCGCCGCAUUGACGAGGAAAUGUUGGCGCAGUUGAUUGUCGCUACUGAAACCCCGUUCACGAUCACCAAUGCAACCGCCGCCACAGCUACCUUGAUGGGCAUUCCGCUUGAUACAAACCCUCGACUCAUGCAGGAUGGCAGAGAUAGCAAGGACAACAAAGAUAGCAAAGACGGCAAAGACAGCAAAGACAGCAAAGACGGCAAAGACAGCAAGGACGGAAAGGACGGCAAGGUCGAUCUGGUGAAGAAGAAGACUAAGGAAACCCCCGCAACCUCAACUGCGACAUCUGUCGAGCCUAUGCCGAAGAAAAAGACAGGGAUUGAGAAAGUUGUGGAAGUUGCACCGAUUAUUCCCGACCCCCCAAAGGCCAAGACCCUCCCUUGUGCGAUUUGCAACCAAAUCGAGCCUUCGGGCGAGGAUCAUCUUUCAUGCCGGGAUUGCCGUCUUACAGUUCAUCGAAAUUGCUACGGUGUCCGAGACUCGCGAGCUAGCAGCAAGUGGCUGUGUGAUAUGUGCUCCAACGACCGCACCCCGUCAAUCUCUACAAACUACACCUGUGUUCUUUGUCCAGUCUCAUGGACUGAACAUGACCUCAUGGAGACCCCCAAGAACCACUCCCGGAAGAAGACUGAGCGCGACAAGGAGAAAGAGCGCAUGGAAAAAGAAAUGGUUGCUGAGGCUAUCAAGCUAUAUCGUCAGCGGCAGGAGGCUGUUGGUAAGCCCGUCGGCCCCCGAGAACCCCUGAAGCGAACCGCAGGCAACAACUGGGCUCACGUGCUUUGCACUUUGUGGACUCCAGAAUUGAAGUAUGGUGACGCGGAGGAGCUCGAGCCCGCAGAAGGGUUCGGAUCCAUCCCCAAAGAGAGGUGGCGCGAGACGUGUAAGGUUUGCAAGUCAAGCAAGGGUGCAUGUCUACCUUGUAGCUUUGCUGGCUGCAACGCUCACUUCCAUGUUGGCUGUGCUUUCCAAGCAAACUACCGAUUCGGUUUCGAUCUCACACCUGUCAAGAGCUCUCGCCGCGACAGUAUGCGACCUAUCCGCCUAGGUGACGAUGUUGGAGCCGCCGUCCCUGCUGUUUACUGUCCAAAUCAUAGCGUGCCGAAUGGACUACACGAGAUUGGCGAACAGACCAGCCAGAACCACCUCAAUGCUCUUCAGUUGUUCGCUCAGACCUAUAAGCAAGCUGACCUGGCUCUCACUGGAACAGUCCGCAAGGCAGCGUACAUGCAACAAUCUGUUGGAGCCCCGCAGCAUACUGUUAAUAAUACACACCGUCGGGCUUCGACGAGCACUGUACCGGCUGCUCCCAAGGAUACUCCCAAGGCCGAGGACCCGGCUGACGAUCCUAUGGACAUUGAUACAGACGCUAAUGUUGCGCCACGUCCAGCUGCUGUUGGUGCCGAGACCAACCGCAAAUGUGUUCGUUGCGCUACUGGAUUUAGUCCUAAGUGGUGGUCUCUUGGACGUCGACCUGAUGUUCGGCCACCCAUGGCCAAUGGAUCAGGACACCUCCACCAUCCCCAAGGUUUCGCUCCACUUGAUCUUGGCGAACAGGUAUAUGAAUGCCACAAGUGCCGUUUGAAGAACCCAGCGCCUCCUCCUCCCCCUCCUGCUCCCGUGGCUGUGCCUGAGCCUCAAGCCGACCCCCGGCCCUCGCCUUACGCUGCUCAGCGUCCCAUGAUACCCACUGCACGAAUGCCCAGUCACGGCCACGGUUUUUUGCCGCACCUACACCAGCACCCCCCUCCCCCGAGCGGUGUCCUUGGGCGACCAAUGCCUCCAACUCACCCACACAAUGGACCCCCCGGCUCAGCAUACCCCGGACCUUACGAGCAACGUCCACCCCCCGACAACGGCAUUCGCAAUGGCAUGUCGCCAUCUCCUUACCCCUCAGGACCACCUCCCCACCACAUGAACAACUACCCACACCCUCACCCCGCAGGGCCACCCCCACAGUAUACCAGCGCAGGGCCGGUACCACCGCCACCACCCUAUGCCACGCACCAGAGCCCAUAUGGCCCUGUGCCAGCGCGGUCGCCGCAUCUUUCACAGCCACCGUCGCGCGCAUAUGCAGCCUCUGCAUCCCCUCCAAUUGUGCAGGCAACAACGGUUAACCGCUCACCCCAGACCUCAUUGAGCGCGCUUAAUGGUGGCCCGCCUCCUCGAAUGUACUCUGUUGACCGUGGUCUUGGGGCACCCUCUCACUCACCGCCGGUGACCCAAGCGCGUCUCGACCCGCGCGGGCCCACUCCACCUACCCGGCCAGAAGAUACACCACCUUCACUCAUGGGCGGACAGCCAAGCACUGGUCGGCAUUCGGGUGUCAACGGUACUGCUGGGACGGGAGCAAGCGCAAGCCCGUCGCUAAAGAACCUUCUCUCAUAA